UUCAAUUUGCAUAGAUAAAAAAACAAAAAUAAAAACCCAAUUUUUACUGUGACUGAAGUUCUUUGGUGGUGGUGGGCAUGGAGAAAUCAGGCGACGAUGUUGUCCUGCUGGAUCGUGCGUCCCGAGCCACUCGAGGCAAGAGGUUAACCAAACUCCUAGACGAUGAAAUCCAAGAAGAUGAAUUGUUCUGGAACCAGGACGCUCUUAAAGAGGAUGAAGAGGACGACAACUACCAAGAGGAACCUGAGAUCGCCGAUGAGUUUGACUCUGAUUUCGACGAAGAUGAGACGGAGCCCGAGGAAGAGGAGCCUGACAAAUAUGACGCUGAGGACAGAAUGCAUAAAAAGAAGCGACUGAUAUUUCCUGGGAAGACUCUGGCUGUGAAGAAGAAAAAGAAGAAAACUUUAUCGAAAUUGGAAGGUUCUCCGAAGGAGGAUGAGCAUUCUGGGAAGGCUGCUGAGGAACAGCAGGAUGAGACUGGGGAGAGAAUGAUCAGGAAGUCCACUAGGACUUCUGUCAUCGUUCGCCAAGCUGAGAGAGAUGCCAUUCGUGCAGCCCUCCAAGCCACUAUCAAGCCAGUCAAAAGGAAAAAGGAAGGCGAGGAGAAGAGGAUGACACAAGAGGAGAUGCUUUUAGAAGCUGCUCAAACAGAGAUCAUGAAUUUACGCAAUUUGGAGCGUGUUUUAGCUAGAGAGGAAGAGGUUAAGAGAAGAGCAAUUGUGCAUAAAAAUGUUUAUAAUGGUCCACAGAUACAGUACAUUUCAAAAAAUGGCUGCUCCUAUUUAGAGUUCAUUAAAGGGUCAUCAUUCCACUCAGAGAUUUCCACUGGGCCUGUACAAUAUCCAGAACAACCUGUUUGUGCGAUUACUGGUUUGCCUGCCAAAUAUCGUGAUCCAAAGACUGGCCUGCCAUAUGCUACAAAAGAGGCUUUUAAAAUAAUUCGAGAACGCUUUCUGAAUGAAAGUGCUAACACCAGAAAGGAGAUGAGCAUGGGGGGCUUAUAUGAUUCUGUUUCUGGAUGUGGUUUUUCAAUGAAGCAAAAGAGAUCAGUAAUGCCAGAUAGAAACGUCAAUCCAGAUGUUCGCUCCUUAGCUCGUUUUCGUAGAAUUCCUGUUUUUGAGGAUGAAGAUUCUGACUAGUUGCCUUGGUAAUUAAUAUUUUUUGCCUGGCAUAAUGGUCCAUCCUGUUAAUGUCAGUGCCUCAUAGUGAAAGAUGUCAUAAUAUUAUUUUUUUCCCCAAAUGGCACUAUUUGGUGUUAAAUUUAUUCAUGUAGCAUAUUGUAUAGAAUAUUUACAUCAUUAGCAUAGUUAUAUGUACAUUGCCAGAAUUUGAUUUUUAGGAAGCCAAAUUCUGGCAAUUUUCUUUGUAUUUCCCCCUGGAAAACCAGUCCAAUUCAAUUCCUAGAAAACUGAAUUCUGA